AUGGAAAUCUCGUUUGCGGGGAAACACGCCCUGGUCACGGGGGCAGGAAAAGGGAUCGGCAGAGCCACAGCCUGCGCCCUGUCCCGCUGCGGGGCCCGGGUCACCGCCCUCACCCGCUCACAGUCAGACCUGGACUCUCUGAUCCUCGAGUGUCCCUGCAUUGUCCCUCUGUGUGUGGACCUGUCUGACUGGGGGGCCACGGCGGCCGCCCUGGAAUCCGCCGGACCCUUUGACCUGCUGGUCAACAAUGCGGCCUGUGCUUCUCUGCAGCCGUUCCUGGAGAUCACCCCAGAGAAGUUUGACCAGAUGUUUACCGUGAACGUGAAGGCGGUUCUGCAAGUGUCUCAGGUAGUGGCCCGCAGCAUGAAGGCCCGCGGCUCCGGGGGGUCCAUCGUCAACGUGUCGAGUCAAGCUUCACAGUGCGCCCUUCGAGACCACUCCGUCUACUGUUCCUCUAAAGCAGCCCUGGACAUGUUGACCAAAGUCAUGGCCCUGGAGCUCGGCCCAUUUCAGAUCCGAGUGAACUGCGUGAACCCCACAGUGGUGAUGACUGACAUGGGACGCAUCGGUUGGAGUGAUCCUGUGAAAGCUGGAGCCAUGAAGUCCCGCAUCCCCCUGGGCCGCUUCGCAGAAGUGGACGACGUGGUCAACAGUAUCUUGUUCUUGCUGAGCGACAAGAGCAACAUGACCAACGGAGCCACUCUGCCUGUGGACGGAGGCUUCUUGUGUUGUUGA